ACAUAGGCGCUCACCUGACCCCGCGUAAGCUGACCGUGUCGGGCAUCGAAGCUCACGCCGCGGUAAACGCGAAUCUCGGCUGCCAACUUCCACUUUGCACGACGGACAUCGCCCUGAACCCGCCAGGACAGCUCACCACCUCCGACCUCGACAUUCUCCCUGCGAUGAACACACACGCAAAGGACGGCUAGGAUCUAGAUUUGUCGAGGCGAGCAGUGCCGUUGCGCGACUCGCAGUCCACUCAACAUGCCAUGACCGACUCCGGGGCCCAGGGUCAGCCACCUCCCGAGCUCUAUCCCCAGUACUGCUUCCACCUCUCGCCCACCAUCAACAAGUGGUGUCAUCUACGAGCAGCCGAUAUUAUCGCCCUGUCGAGCCACCCGGGGUUUCAAGGCCAAGACCUCUACUUCCACCUCAACCACCCCAUCAAAUGGGUUCGUAUCUGCGGUAUCGUCGUCGCCAUCGACGUCUACGGUGACUCCUCUUCACGAAGCAAGGGGCAGAUACAAGUGAUCACCAUCGAUGAUAGUAGUGGGCAUACCAUUGAAUGCGUUGUCCCGCUUCCUCCACCUUCUGCUCCCUCCGUUCCUUCUUUAGGCAAACAGGAACAACGACAACCACCCCAAUCAUUACCCCUCAUCGACUCCCAAAUCGACAUUGGCCACAUCCUGGAUAUCAAAGGCUCUCUUCGCACGUUUCGCGAGCAGCGACAAGUCAAAGUCGAGAAGAUCGUCCAUCUAUGCACAACAGAGCAGGAGGUAGCCUUUUGGGAGAGAGUGGUGCAAUUGCGAAAAGAGAUCUUGGAUAAGCCGUGGAAACUGGAUGAGAAGGUAGUCAGGAGGUUAAGAAGGGAGGCGAUGGGGGUAAAUGAGCGGGAUGCAAAGAGGGAAAAGGAGAAGGAUGAAGCGAGGAGAGAGAGGAAGAGGAGGAGGAGGUUGGAGGAGGAGAGAAGAAGGUUGGAAAAAGAGAGGAGGGUAGAGGGGGAGAGAAAGGUCGCUACUCCUGACCCUGUGGUAAAGACGCAGGCACUACAAGUGGUGGUUCCAACGAGGACCAAGAGGAACGUCACGGGCUUGGAAAGAAAGAUCGUGUCGAGGCCGCCGAUACCAACGAGACCCAAGGAGCCUACGGGUCUGGAAAGAAAGACCAAGUCGGUCAGUAGUGACAGGGUGGUUCCUGUAACUGGCAAGUACACGGCUCUUGGGCUGUGACAGUGGACUAUUGGAAAGAAGGAAGGUUGGAUAUAUCCUUCCAGAUAUCACGGCCAGGACCAUUUCGUCCGCGAGUGGCACCAUAAUAUGGGCAAGGUCCAAUACAGUCCAUAAGUAUUUCUUGUUGACUCUUCUGUUUUUCCCGCCCCAAUCAUCCAAUCUGUUUCACUUCCAUCACCAGACU